AUGGAUCGAUUCCACGAAUUGCGCCAGGAACUCGCGACAAUGCUUAUCCCUAAGGACGACCGCAAGAAGAUCCACGAGUACCUCUUCCGCGAGGGUGUGCUCGUGGCCAAGAAGGACUACAACCUUCCCAAGCACGGUGACAUUGACACCAAGAACCUUUUCGUCAUCAAGGCUCUUCAGUCUCUGGACUCCCGCGGUUUCGUCAAGACCCGCUUCUCGUGGCAGUACUACUACUACACCCUCACCCCCGAGGGUCUCGACUACCUGCGCGAGUGGCUCCACCUCCCCGCUGAGGUUGUCCCUGCUACCCACAUCAAGCAGCAGCGUUCCCACGCUCCUCCCCGCGGUAUGAUGGGUGGUGAGGACCGUGAGCGCCGUCCCCGUGCUCCCCGUGAGGGUGGCCGCGAGGGUGGUUACCGCCGCCGCGAGGAGGGUGGUAAGGAGGGUGGUGCCCCCGGCGAGUUCGCUCCUUCCUUCCGUGGCGGUUUCGGCCGUGGCCGUGGUGCUCCCCAGUAA